AUGUCUCUUCUGAUCAGAUCCUCUUACGUCUCUCACCUCAAUCAUUUCCAAUUCCUACCUAGAAACUCAAAAUCGUCCUCUUUCCCCGAUCAAAUCCCGUCUAGAUUCUCGUUCGUUUCUUCUUUCAACCACAACCCGUUUUCGAAUUUGGUCUAUAAACGCAACCCAACAAUGCAAUCUGCUUCGUCGAUGGCUGUGAAGAGCUCCUUGAUUGACCCAGACGGCGGGGAAUUAGUGGAAUUGGUGGUGCCGGAAUCGCAGAUUGAGCUGAAGAAAGCCGAAUCGGAGUCGAUGCCGAAAGUGAAGCUCACGCAGAUUGAUCUCGAGUGGGUACACGUCAUCAGCGAAGGCUGGGCUAGUCCUCUCAAAGGGUUCAUGAGAGAAGACGAGUAUCUGCAAAGCUUGCAUUUCAAUUCCCUUAGGUUAAAAGACGGCUCUUUUGUCAACAUGUCGCUUCCUAUCGUUCUCGCCAUUGAUGAUGACACCAAAGAACAGAUCGGAUCAUCCCGGAACGUUGCUCUCGUUAGCCCUCAAGGAGACAUCAUCGGCUCUCUCCGAAGUGUAGAGAUAUACAAACACAACAAGGAAGAGAGGAUAGCGAGAACUUGGGGGACGACUUCUCCAGGAUUGCCUUAUGUUGAAGAAUACAUUAAUCCAUCUGAAAACUGGCUGAUUGGUGGCGAUUUAGAAGUGUUCCAGACGAUUAAGUACAACGAUGGGCUUGAUCACUACAGGCUCUCUCCUAAACAGCUUAGGGUAGAGUUCGAUAACCGUAAAGCGGAUGCUGUGUUUGCAUUCCAGCUGAGGAACCCUGUGCACAAUGGACAUGCUCUGCUGAUGAAUGACACCAGGAAGAGGCUUUUGGAAAUGGGUUACAAGAAUCCUGUUCUCUUGCUUCAUCCUUUGGGAGGUUUCACGAAGGCUGAUGAUGUUCCACUUGACGUUCGAAUGGAGCAACAUAGCAAGGUUCUUGAAGAUGGAGUUCUUGAUCCAGAGACUACUAUUGUCUCGAUAUUUCCAUCGCCUAUGCACUACGCUGGUCCGACUGAAGUUCAGUGGCACGCCAAGGCUAGGAUUAACGCUGGUGCUAACUUCUACAUUGUGGGGCGUGAUCCUGCAGGAAUGGGACAUCCUACUGAGAAGAGAGAUCUUUAUGAUCCUGACCAUGGGAAGAAAGUCUUGAGCAUGGCUCCUGGACUUGAGAAACUAAACAUUCUUCCAUUUAGGGUUGCAGCUUACGAUACAGUAGAAAAGAAGAUGGCAUUUUUCGAUCCCUCUCGUGCAAAAGAGUUCCUUUUCAUUUCUGGAACAAAGAUGCGAACGUAUGCAAGAACAGGGGAGAAUCCUCCAGAUGGGUUUAUGUGUCCGAGUGGAUGGAAUGUUCUUGUCAAAUACUAUGAGAGCUUGCAAGAAAGCGAGACAUCGGCAAAACAACCAGCCGUUGUUGCAGCCUAA